AAGAUUAACACGAUUACAGAUCUAAUAUAUGUGUUAGAAAAAUUAUAAAGAAAGCUAAGAAAAUCAUUAAGGGUUCGAAUGCUGGCAAUCAAGAUUCAAGGGCAGAUGAAGAAGAGAAAACAGAAAAUGAAGAACUAAGGAGCAAAGCGAAGGAAUUGGAAACCAUAAAUACAAAUUUCCUCGAACAGAUAUCUGUACUAAUGGAUGAAUUAAAUGAGAGUAGAAGAAGGAACCAGGAUUUAACCAAGAGGAUGUAUCUACUAGAAGCAGACAUUGCAAACAGAGUUUAUAAUCUUUCUCAAGCUGAGGAGCAAAUACAAGAUUUACAGGAACACGUUGGUCGUCUUCAAUCAGGAAAGAAUGAGUCGGAAUUGAAAAUUGAUCUGGAGAAAUGUAAAGAAAGUAUGAAUACAUUCGCAAGGGUGAAUGCUGACUGUAAGAAUAAAAUAGGAGAACUGAAUCAAUGUUUGAGAGAAAACAGUAUCCUAGUUGCACAGAAUACUGAAGCCGUGGUUACUCCUGAGGACAAAGGAAACAUUUCUUCUUCUGAAUCAGAUCGUCUAAGGAUAUCUAUAAACCCACAAGAGAAAGUUAAGGAUCAGCUGAUUCUUCAGCUGCGCGAGGAUCUAGAAACCUGUCUCUGGUCCAAACCAAACCAAAUACGUUCAGUAACAGUGGAACAGACUUCAAACGAAGAUUGUGCUUCCCCCUGUACCAUCACAAGGGGAGUAGGAGUAGUGAACCAAAAGUUUGAAGAUCUUAAGAGCGGGGAUGUUAUCAGAAAUUUAACUGAACAAAAUCAAAAAUUGCAACAGGAGGUUAGAGAUCUACAAGAACAAUCCAACCCUGAAAUAAGUUCUGCAGAAAACAAAACCUUAGUUCAAAUAUAUGAGAGUGAAUCCAUUGAGAAGGAUGGAAAUGAGAGUUUUGCAAGAAUAGCUGAUACAGUGACUAAAGUUGUUGAUAUUGUUAAACUAUUUGAGAAAUCUGAUCAACUACCUAGCAGGUUUAAAACCAGUAAUGGGGAAAAAUGAUGUUUUAGUGUGAUUACUCUAAUAUGAAAAAUACUACUUUCAGAAUAAAAAGGUUACUGUAA